GACGAUCUAUUUUGGAUCAUGAUAUCAAAAGAAUUACUCGUAGUGUCUCGAAUCAUACGGAUCUACCUCAACCAUCAUCAAUUAUUUUAAAGCAAGAACGUGUUGUUUCAUCCAUGGAAAUUGAAAAUUCACGUCAAUCAGUUUCGGAAAUUCGAACCGUAUCAAAUGUUCAUUACUUUAAGGAUCAAGAUCUUAAUAAGCAAAUUACUGAUAGUGUUCGUCAUGAAAAUGGUAGUGGUGAUGAUUCUUAUCUUGAUGAUACUGAAGAAGAACUGGAAGAGGAAGUUGCUGUCGGUAUGGCUUACAUGAAUUCAACAACGAGAAUUCCAAUCAAGGCGGGUGAAUCAUCCACCAGCCCUAAAGAAAAGGAUAAGCCAGUGAUUACUGAACUAUCUGAUGAUGUUAUGGAAGGUUUAAUGGACUCGGAUACUGCAGUAAUUCUUGAUUCGUUGGCACCUUCUGAAAAUCGCGGUGAUGUAGGUGAUUUUGUGAUAGGUGAAUUUAAUGACGUUGAAAAUAAUCAAAAUGUGAAUGAAAAUGAUUUACGAGUGGAAGAAACCACUGGUGAUAGAGAAAUGGCGCGGAAAGAAUCAACGGCGAAUAAGUUAAAAUAUGCGGAUGAUAAUACCAAAACAGUUUUACGGAGCGAUUCUUGUGCCAGCGAGACAAAUAAACUUCAAGAAAGAGAUGAGCAAAGUUCCGGAGAAGCAACAAAGAUAAUCGACUUAAAUCAAAAGUUCAGGGAAAAAAUCGAAAUGCAUUUAUUGAUGGUACAAGAAACUCCACAUGAAACGGAUACAAAUAUUUCACUAGAUACCGAUGAAUCUCUUUCGGCUCCACCAA